AUGAAGAAGCUCUACCCUGGCAAGACGUUGGCAGAUAUCUUCAGAGUGGCUUUUGCCGACAGAUUGUUCGAGGCGAAGAAGAACUUCAUUGAAAGCUCGGCGGCGUACUCCCUGGUCGUCUACUUUUUGCAGGUGAAAGACCGUCACAACGGCAACCUCAUGCUGUUGACAAGUGGCCACGUGGUCCACAUCGACUUUGGGUUCAUGCUCUCCAACUCGCCCGGUGGGAAUAUGGCCUUUGAGAACUCGCCUUUCAAGCUGACUCAGGAGAUCCUGGAUGUCAUGGAUGGCGAAUGUUCGGAGCAGUACGAGUACUUUCGCACGCUGCUCAUUCGCGGCUUUCUGGAAGCGCGGAAGCACAUGGAUCGGAUCGUUUUACAGGUGCGGAUGAUGCUGACUGGCUCGAAGAUGCCCUGCUUCCGAGAGGGGGCAGACUUCGUCCUGUCCACGCUGCAAGACAGGUUCUUUUGCAACCUGACGGAAGAAGCUUGCAUCCUGGCAAAUCCAUUCCUGGAGAAGUGGGCGGAAUGCGAGUGCGUCGGGUGUAUGGCUGCUGCGUCUUGCGUUGUAGGCCAGAGUGAGAAGAACCUUUGGUCUUGCCACGGGCGAAAGCGCGACAGGCCCAGUCAGGUCUCAAUGGUGUCCGUGCAUGUGAACAGCCGGGGGGAUUACGUACCAAUUUCCCUUUGUUUACUUGUCAUACUUCAUAAUUGGGCUGUUGUCGUUGUGAUCUUGGCACGUGGGUCAAUCCUGGUUGGUGCUGUGUCACGGUCCUCCCGAAAGCCCCAUAAUCAUUGGGGGGCCCUGGUGGCCGGGGGGGUUCAGACGCCCCUUAUGCCUUAUGGAAGAAGAGAGGUGACCAUUUUUGGCUCUAGCCACGAGCGGUUCAAGAGCCGCCCGAGUUGCCCGCCCUCCGCCCUGAGGGCCGAUCUCUCCUCUCCACUUGCUGCACAGGGGACUCGGGGCUCAAACCUGGCAGCCUCUUCUCUUCCCCCCCCCCCUCUCGUUCUUUCUGCCGCGAUUGCCCGAAGACUUGGCGGCAAACUGUGA